AAAGAAAAAGAAAUAGAAAAAAGGGAGAGCUUACUGUAACUGGACGGGUAACUUCAACCAAUAGUCGGCGUGGUCUACACCUUGUGAGAAUGACAGUCAUUUAAUAAGGUGUACCUAAGAGUCUAGAUAAUGCUCAGACAUGGUGCCUUGCCAGUCCCAUGUGAUGCUGAAGUGGCAGGAGCACCUGAAUAGCUCCUGGGCAGCAGAAGACAGCGCACAGACAGCCACAAGGUACGGUGCAGCUGUUCUCUAUGACAAGCUCGUUCACAACAAGGAAGUGGUUGGUCUGGCCCAACCCGUUCAAGAGCUCAUUGGCCCACGCCUCCCAGACUUCCAGUAUGAGUCCUGCGCCUCCGAAGAGAAGGAAGAGUAUCUGUCAGCCCUGCUCCACAGCCAGCGAUGCUUGGCUCACCGGAUGCUGGCACAGACGUCCUAUGCCCUUAGCCUCCACCACAGGCUGGUGGUACUCCAGAGGAUCUAUUAUGCACUCCACAACAAGUAUCAUGACAAAUUCCGGAUACAGCUGCCUCCCCAGUCCAUGGCCAGUGGGACCGAGUGUGGGGCACUUGAGCUGACGUCUGAGCCUUGGCUGAUUGGGGGAGGAUCCAGAGCCAAGUCGGGCACCGAUGUUCUGAUAGAGAUGGGAGUGAGAACUGGUCUGAGUUUGCUGUUCUCCUUACUGCAGCAGAACUGGCGAUACGCUGCCUCUGUGGACCCUGGGUCAGCGCUUUGCAAUGAUGUACUUGCCACAGCGUCCUCUGUGCUGGCUUCACUACCGCCGCUGUCUCUGGCCAAUGAAAAUAAGAUCCCAUCAGUUGGUCUGGACUGCUUGGCACAAGUAGCUGACUUCCUGAAGAAGACGUCAGUGAGCAGUGGGACUGGUGGGGCAGACCCAGCUGGUCGAAGGCUGGCACUGGAGCUACUGCUUGGACUGGCCAUGCAGAGAGGCUCCCUAAAGUUUCUGCUGGAGUGGGUGGAGGUGGCCCUGGCUGCCUCCAUGUCCUCCUCCACCUCUACACUGUCUUCCUUGUCUCCACUAAAUUCCCAGCAAUCGGAAAGUGGUGUGGACUGUGACCUAAUCAAUCAAACCCUUCUCCAAAUGAGGCAAUAUUCGGGUUUCCGAGGGGGCUUGGUCAAUACUCAGGUGCUCAAAAAGGAUGCAGAUGGACUUUGUGGACUCACCCAGGCAGCACUUUGUCUGUUUGAGGAGAUUUGUAACCUUGCAUCCUAUUGCCUCUGCUCCUGCAACACUGGUGCAUCUACACCUGGAGCAGAGCAUGACGCAGUCAUGGUGUACGUGUGGGGCAGCAACAGCAGCCAUCAACUGGCAGAGGGGACUCUGGAGAAAAUCCUGCAGCCAAAACUGACACAGGGCUUCAGUGAUGCCCAAAUGAUUGAGGCGGGCCAGUACUGUACAUUCUCGGUGUCUGCAGAUGGCUCAGUGAAAGCAUGUGGAAAAGGCAGCUAUGGGCGUCUGGGCCUGGGAGACUCUAACAAUCAGUCGGUGCCCAAGAAACUUGUGCUGGAGCCACACAGGAACAUGAGGAAGGUGUCCUCCUCUAAGGGCUCGGAUGGACACACUCUGGCUGUCACAGUAGAGGGAGAGGUAUUCAGCUGGGGAGAUGGAGAAUAUGGCAAGCUGGGCCAUGGAAACAGUGCUACUCAGAAGUACCCCAAAAUUAUACAAGGACCGCUGCAAGGCAAAGUUGUUGUGUGUGUGUCUGCUGGCUACAGACACAGUGCUGCUGUUACUAAUGAUGGAGAGCUCUACACCUGGGGAGAAGGGGACUUUGGAAGACUUGGCCACAGUGACAGCCACAGUCGAAAUGUGCCUACGCUGGUGAAGGACAUCAGUGGUGUGGGCCAGGUGGCCUGCGGCAGCUCUCACACCAUCGCUGUGGCACAAGAUGGACGGAUUGUGUGGUCCUUUGGGGGAGGGGACAAUGGGAAACUAGGACAUGGUGACACCAAUCGUGUAUAUCGGCCCAAGGUCAUAGAAGCCCUGCAUGGAUUCAUCAUCAGGAAAGUGUGUGCUGGCAGCCAGUCAUCUCUGGCUCUCACCUCUGCUGGACAGGUGUUUGCAUGGGGCUGCGGCUCAUGCCUUGGGUGUGGCUCCUCUGAAACCACCUCUCUGAGGCCCAGGUUCAUAGAGGACCUCAGUGUCACCAAGAUCAUUGACAUAUCGUGUGGAGACAGCCACUGUCUGGCUCUGUCCCAUGAGAACGAAGUAUAUGCCUGGGGGAACAACACCAUGGGCCAAUGUGGGCAGGGCCACACUUCUACACCUGUCACCAAACCCAAGAAGGUGAUUGGUCUAGAGGGGGUGUCAAUCCAGCAAAUCACUGCUGGCACUUCCCACAGCCUGGCUUGGACUGCAGUUCCAACAGACAGGCAACUAGUGGCAUGGCAUAGACCUUUUUGUGUCGACUUGGAAGAGAGCACCUUCACCUAUUUGCGCAACUUCCUGGAACGCUACUGUGAUGACAUAGGAAAUGACAUGCCCCCUCCCCCAUUCGUAUCUAAAAGGGAGCACCAUCAGUUUAUUCUGCUGUGUAUGAAGCUACUGUCCAUCCACUUGUCCUUGGCUCAUGCUGGUGGCACUGGUGCCACAGUCUUGGGGGGUCAGGGAAGGCCCCUGAGAAACCUGCUCUUUAGGCUCAUAGACUCCAAUGUACCAGACUCCAUACAACAGGCAGUGAUGAGCACUCUGUCCAUCGGGGCAUCUCUGCUGCUGCCUCCUCUGAGGGAGAGAACAGAAUUGCUUCACUCUCUCUUACCUCAGGGCCCGGAGAGCUGGGAGAACCUCUCCAAAGGACAGCGUCUGCAGUUAGACAUGGUCCUGAAUAGCCUCCAAGAACAGAGCCAUGUAGCCUCUCUGCUAGGCUACAGCUCUUUUGGAGAGAUUACAGCCCUGGGACUCCCCCUGGCACCUGCCAUGUCAAUCCGUCCUCCCUCUUCAACCAGCCCCGCUGAGGCCUAUGACCAUCUCCACCUGGCAGAGGUGCUGCUCAGAACUCUCGUCCUCAGCAUAGGAUUCUACACGGAGCGGGCAUUUGGGGAGUUGGAGAAAAACAGUGACAAGCAGCUGUCUAGUGAGAGCCAGAGGCAGACUGAUCCUCCCUCUCACUUCCAUCAGCUGCUGUCUGCACUUCACAAACACCUGCUUGCCCAUUGCUUUGUCUGUUCCAGUCCUGAGGAUGACAGCAGUGUAACGCUGCUUCAUAAGCACCUGUACCUGCUGCUCCCCUGUGCUGCUGAGACAUUUAGGAGAUCCGCAGUGUUGUUGAAGGAGAGUGCCCUGGAUAAGCACAUUAUCAACAAACUUCACAUGGUGUUGUAUAGCUCAGUGGCUGGCAGCCUGCUGUGCCAGGUGGUGUACUCCUUGCUGCUGCUGCCCCUGGGUGUCGUGCGACCUCUUCUCAGCCACCUGCUGGCACUGCUGGAGCACCUCAAUGACUGUAGCAGCUUGCUGCCAGACACAGGCCUGCUGGAGGAGCAUGAACUAGAAAUGGAGACAGUGGAAAUCUGCCCAGAUAAAAGUGAAGAAACAACUACGUUCCUUGGACGCCAGCAGGAGUGGGAGAAGAGCAAAUGGGUGUGGCUUCUAGACCUCGAGCGAUCUGUGGCCCUGGCAAUUGGCCGUUGUCUUGGGGGCAUGCUGCAGGGCCCACCGCCCUCGCUGGAAGAGAGGACGUCAGAGUUCUGGCUGUCCAACAUCCUCCUCAGAAAUGGCCUUGAGAUGGACUUUGACCAGCUGGACUCUGGCAUGGCAUGGCUGACAGAGGUGGUGCUGCUGGGCAGCAGUAGUGAUGCCAGACUGGCAGAACUGAGUCUGAGUGAUGAAACCAAUACUUUACUGGAACUGGCCCUGGGCUCGUCCAGUGAACCUGCCAAUGGCUUGUGGCAGAGGAUGAAGGAGUAUGCUUGCAGUAGAGACUGGGAGAAUGGAGGCCCCUCCUGUGAUUCUUUGUUGGAGACGGUUUGCCGCUGUAGUCUGGCUGUUCUUCUGAAACACACCGGGCUGCAAGAUGAAGCCUGUUGGCGGGGCAAAUAUGAGCCCUGUGAGAUGCUGGUAGAGAUCUAUGAAAUGGUCCAUAAAGUCAGAAGCACUCUGUUGGCCCACAAAGACCUUUCAGGGACCACCCAGGGGUUGACUGCCACCAAACAGUCCUCUCAGGCUUCCCAAAGCCCUGGUGAAGACAGGCAGGAGGCGGGCACCUCAGUUGAGCAGGCAGGAAAGGAGCCUGACCAGCAAGCGGGAGGUCAAGUCCCACCGGCUGCCACAGCAAAACACAACCAGGAAGAGGUUGUAGAGGAGGAUUCCUUUGGAAACAGUCGUAUGUACCUUUCAGAAGUACUGGAGUCAUUCAUGGCCACCCGGGAGGCCAUGCAGCUACCGCAGAAUGUGACGGUGUAUGAGUCCUUUGGCACUUCCACCCUCCCCAGUAGCAUGGAGAGCCCUGGCAGCCCAGAGAAGGAGCCUGAUCCCACGCAGCAGUGGGAGAAGCGGAGGGAGUCGGAGGAUGGCCUGUCUUUCCCUGCUGCCUGCCAUCUGGUGGUGUCCCGCUGUUUGUUCCUCCUACUGGGGGUUAGGCCUGCUUGGGUGGAGCCCAACGUAUGGGAGAACAAACAGGCUGUGAAUCCCAGGAAAUUAUCAGCUGAAUCCCUGAAGCUUAAUGUUGAUGGUAGAAAACGGUCAGACCAGUCCAAAAGCUCCUCAGGAUCAUUCAAAAAUAAAAUGGGCUUGCCUCUGUGUUCACUGGGCAUUAUGAAGGAUGCCUGGGAACGUCUGCGCCAGUGUAUCAGCCCUACCACCAUGUCCUGCAGUAGCAACCAUAACUUGCCCAUCGCAAACCAGGUGUUCCACUUCCUCUGUGGAAGCUUCAUCCACUUGCCUGUCUCCUCUCCAUCCCUGCCGGGUGGACAGACAUGUAGUCAGGCAGACCCAAAAGCCAUUACCUUAGCUAUAUUGCAGCAGCAGCAGAGAGCUGAGGUGCGCCUGGAGGCUUUGUGUCAGAUGUCGUCUUUCCUGUCAGAGAUGGAGGAGAAGAGCAGUGGCCCCACAGCAGCACCACAAUUUUCUGGACUGUUGCAGUCAGUCCAGCUGCAGUUUGUCUCUGGAUGCUUUGGGCUGGGAGCACCCAUUAUUUGCACUAUCUCGGCAGCUAACUAUGAGAUGCAGCAUUACAUGUCUGGUACCCAGUCAGCAUCCAUGGAUACUCAGAAAGAGCUCCAGUCUGCAGCCCACACUUUCUACCAGCAGGUGGUGUGUGUCCUCAGACAAAAAGUGCUGCUGGAAAGAGAAUAUCCAGGGUCCUGCCAGCACCUUCUCCUUGCCACGAUGUUUGCACUGAACUUCUGGUACCAGCCAGUUGACCUGGUGUUGGUCAUCAAAUGUGGCAUUUUGGAAAUUCUAUCUAUGCUGACCGACAACACCUGUGUACUGUUGAACCAGGGCUGGUGUGCAGCCUCCAUCUCUGGCUCCAUGCUACUGAGUGGGGCUGUCAAAGUAGCUUGUGCUCGCCUGCUCCAGAUAUUGACUAUAGCUGCAAGCUCCUAUGAGGACGCGCUGCCUGUGGAUGUAUCACAAUCUCUAAUGGAAGUGAUGUGUGAGCAGCUCCAAAGUGUCCUGCACACUUUCCAUCAACAGCAGGCAGCAGAAAAAGCAACAGCUCAGGAAACAGAACUAGAUUCCAGCGGCACAAAACAAGUUGGAAUGGAGAACAGCAAAGUGGUAGAAGCUCAGCUUGCAGACUUCCUGGUUUUUCUAAGGCGUGUGCUGUCACUAAGAGUUACCAAAAAUCUCUCUACUUUUGCAAAAUGGAUUGAUCCACUCAUGGCCAUCAUCUCCCACAAGUGCUCUUUAGGAUCCCCACGUUUCCGGAACCUCCGAACAAAACUUUUGGCCUUCCACAUUUUAGAAAGACUGUUACCUGCUUGUUCUGAGACUGUUCAAAUUCAACAGAUUGUUAAACAACUUUUUCGACUCCUGUCUGUUUACAUGUGGGAAGAGCCACUAGUUGAGAAGAACCAUGUGGACACAGCUGAAAAAGACACAGGGGAUCCCAGCAGUGAUGAAGAAUGCAUCCCUAUUGGAGAUUUUUCCUUUGACCCAUACAAGCUAAUUUGCUGUUCUUUGGAGAAUGGGAAUGUUCUCUCUCAUGGCUCUGGAGGGAAAGGUUAUGGCCUGGCGACCACUGCCAUCACCUCCGGUUGCUUCAUUUGGAAGUUCUGCAUUACCAAGGAGAACAAAGGCAAUGAGGGCACAUGCAUUGGUGUUUCACGCUGGCCUAUCCGGGACUACAACCACCACACCACCACUGAUAUGUGGUUAUAUCGUGCUUACAGUGGCAAUCUGUAUCAUGGAGGGGAGCUGGUCCGCAUGCUUCCCUCCUUCACCCAGGGUGAUGUAAUCACCUGCAUCCUCGAUAUGGAGGCUCACACCAUCUCCUUUGCUAAGAAUGACAAGGAGCCGAAGUUGGCAUUUGAAGGUGUGGUUGCCACUGAGCUGUACCCUUGUGUGUUGUUCUAUAGCAGUAAUCCUGGGGAGAAGGUGGCGCUGUGUGACCUGCAGAUGCGAGGCAUGCCUAGUGACCUACUUCCUGGGGAGCCCCUGUGCAGCCCCCGGACCACUGUAGUGUUGGAGGCUUGUGUGCAGCUCCUCCGCAGGCUCCAUCAGUGUGACCACUGGACCCCACACAUCAACCAGCACAUCCAGAUGCACCUGGAGCUCAUCGGUCCGCUGAUGAAAGAGGCUGACUUAGGGAGUUUCAAGCCAGGCUUCAGCUCCAGAUUCUUUGAGGAGAAAGAGAGGAACAGAGAGAAAGAUUCAGCUGGUGAUAACACAGGAGAAAUGCUGGCACAUCAUUUCGGCCUGUCAGAGGCUCAGCUGUCUGUCCUGUGUACUGAGGUGUGGCCAGUGCUGGCCCUGAUCGGGGGCGUGGACAGCGGACUGCGGGCUGGGGGUCUGUGCCUGCACAAGCCCAGUGGGCGCAGGGGCAUUCUGCUUGGGGUGCUGAAGGAGGGCAGCUCCCUGGCCAAGCUUCAAUGGGAGGAUGCUGACCUGUCUGUCAGCUUCCUGAAUUCUUGGUCACCCAGCGACACACCGAUCAUGUCAUUGGAGCCCUGUGACAUGCCUUGCUGUGACGUCAUGCGACUUAGAGGACUGAAACCAACAGUGUUGUUAGAUCUGAUUUAUUUGAUGAGGCUUUUGGAGGAGCAGGAAUGGCAUGGGGCUCAGGGCCAGCACUUGCCCCUUAAAAAGAAGUACUCAGAAGAGAACUUGCCCUGUAGUGAGUUUGAGUGCUGCCUGGAUGAACACGUUGCUUGUGAGGUAUCAGAUGAUAGAGGACUGACAAAGGAUGAGAGGACAGAGUUUAAGGAGGAGAGUGUUGAGCGAGACCCAUCAUCACCCAAAGAUGCCGUGAAGAUGUUAGAACAUCGGGAGUUGACCUCCAGUCCAUUAACCUAUCUACCCCCGACUGCACAAAUCCCACAGAUCCUUAAACCAGAUGUCUUUGCACUUGAGCUGAGGGCAGUCAGAGUCUCAUAUCUCCUCCUUGGGGCUUUGAAAUCCUUGGCUGCCAUUCUUAGCUGUGGAAAGUUCUCAGACUUGCUCCUGGUACCAAAACAUGACCCUACCACUUCCCUCUUGAGUCCAUCCUCCAGCCCCAACCCUGACCAGCCCAAGGCAGGCAGAAGACCAGCGGAUGAGAGUGCUGAGCUGAGGCCAGUGUUACAGUAUGUGGUGCGGAGCAUGGUGAAGUGGGCGGUCAGGCCCUGUCCUAUCAAACAGAGUGUGUCUCUUGCUGACCUGGAAAGGGCUCAGGUCAUGAUCUACAAAGGAGUCCUCAGCAAACUGCAAGAAGACAAAGGAGCUAAAGAACACAAAGAGUCGGGCCACCACUUGUCCUCUCAGCCCAUUUCUAAGUCCUCCAGCUCGGUCUCCCUCUACAGCACAGGUUCAGAAGGCACUGCUGUCUUUGGCCAGUCAGAUGGCGCUUCUGCCUCCUCCUCUAAUAAUGACUUGGCCGCCUCUCUCCUGACAGCCCUGCAGGCAGAUGGGCUUGAGAAUUUCAACCCUUUCCUCCCAAUCAACUUUCUCCAGCAGAUGGUGCUAGCUCGGUUCCCUUCAGUCACAGGCCUGGUUAGCACUCCCCCCAUGCUGCACCCUUGCUUCAGCCUGGCCAGCUCUGCUUCUUGUGAUGCCUUCACAGAACAGCAGACCAGCUUCAUGGAACCUAGUCCCUACAGCACACAGGCCAGGAGUAGCCUGGAAUGGACACAAAUGUUUGUCGCCGGUCGUUUGCUAGAAAUGGGCUUCUCUAUGAGACAUAUCUACCAGGCCAUGGAGGCAGCAGAUGUAGUAGGUGAGGCUGACUCCCGGACUAUUGAGGUGUUGGCCAGCUGGAUGCUAGAGCAUCCUUUGGCUGAGGAGCAGCAAGCAGCUGGGUCUCAUAGACUGGACAGUACUUCUGACACCCUGUCCCCAGACGGGCCAGAGACAGUGCAGUGUCCUGAGGCGCCCACGAGUGAGCCCAGUGAGAGCCUGUUGCCUGGGCUUGACUGGGUGGAAAGGGAAAACUUCUUGGAUGUCCACUUGACCAGGAACAGACCUCCUCCAGCCCGACGACGACGCUCUGGCCUGGGUCAGAGGACGUCGUCCCGAAGGGCAGACUUGCCAUCACCCAACCCCCUGUCUCAGCUGUACCGCCAAGACCCCGGGGUCUCUGAUUGGCCAGAGCAGGUGGAGUUUCACCCAUAUUCUGUUGAGGAGGAGUCAGAACUUGGCUACAUGGAUGACCCCUACCAUGAAGAAACUUAUGAGGAUCUGCUCACCCCUGCAUUCUGCAGUUUGGAGAGAGAUGCACUUCAGAUGGUUGAGGCUGGAGAAGAGCACAAUCAGAUGGUGAAGUGCGAGCUGUGCAACACCUUUACCUUGCAGUUCAACAAUCACAUAAAGCAGCAACACCCGGGCUGUGGGCAGAGUGAUGCACGCAGGGGUUACGACAGCACAGGAGCCUAUGUGGAUGUCUGGUUCAGGGGGGAAUGUGGCUCCAACUUUCCCUUUUACCUCCUCUGCAGCUCCUGCAGGGAGAAGUAUUUGGCUGCAAACCUUGGGGACCCGGGUUCAAGUCAUGACAGGAUGAAAGGGCAAACAUAUGAUUUGAUUGGCCAACUGGACAGCACUUCUGAUGAUGACUGGGAAAUAGGCCACCAAGAUGACGGUGACACAGACAAACUGACGGGGCUCGAGGACUUUGGGCUCUUGCUGAGACCACUGGGACUGACUGAAAAGAGGCAGGUGCCAGACCCCAUCACCUUCAGUGAGGCAGAUCCUCUGGGAGCCCUGGGUCAUAGCUCUGCAGAUCAUAUGAGAGCACUGGCUCCCAAAGGGAUCGUCCUUGCUGACCAGAAACCCUCUCUGAGCCUGGGGGAGCAGGCGCUGUCUUUGAAGAACUCCCAGGAUAGACUGAAAGCUUUAAGGAGAGUCACCUCCACAGCCCAGAUUUUGCUAGCUUACAGCAUGGUGAUGAGAGCACUGUCUCAGACAGCCUCUAGCGCAUCCGUGUAUAGCCAGUCAAGCGCCCUGGAGUCCUUGGGUCUGGCAGAUAUCCGCAUCUUGGUGCGGUUAAUGUCUCUGGCAGCAGCGGGCAGGGCCCAUACCCAUGUGGACAAGCAGGGGUUAGGCGUCCGGGGCCUGGCCACAGAACGCAGCAGCUCGACUUCCCUCAGCUUCCUUUGCUCAGCCAUCGGCGGUCUGGUGUCCCACAGCCCGACUGCCUAUAGAGAACUGGUGGACAUCUGCACUCAGGACCUCAUGGCAGCAGCCACAGGGAUGAACAUUGGGGCAAUCAGUGACCCACAGCAGAGAGGCCAUCUGAACUCCAGUCUAAUAGCUGGGUUCCACGGAGCCCACCAGGAUUACAAGGAGCAGACCCCACCUACAUUCCUUGUCACUCAAAGCCUGGUGUCUCUGCUCACUGAAAAGGGCAUCCGCUACCGUUACACUCCAGAUAGAGCGGAAAAUGAGGCCAAAGAUGCAGGAAACCCAGGGGUGUCUUCCUCCUUGCCCCUUACACAUGUACCCCAGCUCGGAGCUAGAGUGGGCCCUCUGGAGCUGGCCAAUGCAUUGGCAGCAUGUGUCCUGUCUGCUAGGCUGACCAGUAAGCAUCGUCAGUGGGCAGCCCAGCAGCUGGUGCAGGCAUUAGCUGCCACAGAAAGGGACAGUCCUAAUCGGCCCCAAACCUACAGUGACCUAGCUGGGGACUUGCGCAAAUGUCCACUCAAGAAGCUGGAAGGACAUUACAGCAAGGUGACGUACUGUUCCUGGAAUAACGAGCAGAGUUUACUGGCUACAUGGUCUCAGGACAGGAUGGUGCAGUUGUGGAGCAUCAGCCAAAACACUGCUGAGUUGCAGACCACGCUCUCCUGUAUCACAAGUAAUGCAGAUGAAGCGAACACCGAGAGGGCUGGUAGAACUCAUCUGGUGUCCCCUGUAUGCUGGAGUGCAGGGGGAACAUUUUUGGCUGCUUCUGAGAACAAAUGCAUCAGCAUCUUCACUAUCAGAGGAUCUCACUGUCAUUUUGAGGCCCAGGAAACACUCGUCACAGCAAUCUGCUGGGCCCAGACCCUCAGUCCCAUAGUCCUUAACCACACUGGGGCCUGUCAAGACAACCCUGUGGAGAGCCUGUUGGUAGGAAGGCUGGAUGGCUCCCUCUGCUGGCUGCAGGUUACAAUGCAGGAGUCAGACCUUCACGUUAAGAGCACUGAACUCACCCGCUGCUACAGGAAAGAAACCCCCCAGUGUGUGGCCUGGCACAGUGUGGACAAGCCUUUUGCUGUGGGCUAUCCCAAUGGAAAAAUCCUUCUGGCCACAGCUGGAUUGUAUGAGAAUGAGCAACCACUAGUGCUGUCAGUCUUCCAUGAAAGGGUGAGUUCACUUAAGUGGGACCCCACAGGACACCUGCUACUGGCCUUGGGUCAGUCAGAGAUUGUGAAGAUACUGGGUUUCUCGCGGGGCACAUGGGUCACCCUCCACUCCCUCUUCCACAUCAGCCCCAUCACUGUCGCUGAAUGGUGCCCACUCCCUGGCAGAGCACCCCAUCCCAGGCUCAUGAUUGCUGUUGGUUGUCAAAGUGGUGCUGUGUAUGUGUGGACGCUGCCACAGGGAGGUACCGUUGUGUCUUUGCCCAACAAAUUGAGCAGCUCCUCCAGCCAGGAAAAGAGCAAUGGUGUCCAGUUUGACAGUGCAAAGUGUUUGUUCACACUCAAUGGACAUAUCACGGCAGUGAAAUCCAUUUCAUUUUGUCCCAGUGGACUUGCUCUGGUGUCUGGAGGGAUAGGUGGCCUGCUGAACAUCUGGUCUUUACAGGAUGGUUCAGUUUUACAGACUGUGACAGGAUUUGGUUCAGUGGUCAGUGCUGUCUGGAUUCCAAAUGUAGGUGUGGCAGCCUGCUUUGGGAGAUCAAAGGAUGUUCUGUUGAUCUGCUGCACCCCAGACUGGAUCAGUCAGAAUCACGUGUUGGCGUCCUGUCGUAUGGUCCUUAGAGGCCAGAACAUUCUGGGUCUGAACCGGGCACCUUGCAUGGCUGUCUUCCUCGAGAGACUGCCCUUGAUGCUGCAGGAGCAGUACACCUAUGAACGGAGUCAUGUGACUGCUGGUGACCAGCUGGUCCACAGUGCCUUCUUGCAGAGUCUGGCCUCCUUGGCUGUAGGUUUGUCCCUGGAGCAACAGCUGUGCUGUUACCCAUGCCCCCCACACCACACCAGCCCCGAUACCCCCAUGUGUCCAUCUGAGUGGAGCUGGCUAGCUACUUAUGCCACUGCUGUCCACAGUGCUGAGGCUAUCGCCAGGGGCACUGCCUUCCCAGAGUCCUUUAUUGUUCCAGAGUUUCAAGAAGCAGGUGCCAUCAAGAUGAGUAAGGCCCUGGACAACAGUAUGUGGAGCUUCAGGAUGGAUGAACAGCUGAUGUCAUGGGCCACCACCACACCUGAGGACUGGCAGCAGGGGGGGAAGAAUGAGGUGUACCUAUGGGGGAACGGACGUCAUGGACAAUUGGCGGACACAGGAACCAACCAAAUGAUGCCCACUCUUGCCCCCUCUCUAUCCCAGACACAACAGGUUGUGUGUGGUCAAAACUGUACAUUCCUGGUACAGGCCAACGGGACAGUACUGGCUGUAGGAGAGGGCCAAUAUGGCCGACUGGGCCAAGGGAACUCUGAUGAUCUCUACACCCCCACUGUCAUCUCCACCCUACAAGGUUAUGUGGUGACCCAGCUGGUGACGUCUUGUGGGUCAGAUGGCCACUCAAUAGCACUGACUGAGACUGGAGAGGUAUUCAGCUGGGGAGAUGGAGAUUUUGGCAAACUAGGCCAUGGCAACAGUGAAAGGCAGCGGAGACCCAAACAGAUCGAGGCACUACAAGGAGAGGAAGUGAUUCAGCUUGCUUGUGGCUUCAGGCACUCUGCUGUAGUAACAGCAGACGGAAAGCUGUUCACCUUUGGCAGCGGCGACUCGGGCCGUCUGGGUCAAAGGUCAACGUCAAACAAGAUGCUGCCUGAAAGAGUGGCAGCACUCGAGGGGUAUCAUGUAGGACAGGUGUCAUGUGGUCUCAACCACACCCUGGUGCUGUCCUCCGAUGGCAUGACUGUGUGGGCAUUUGGAGAUGGAGACUAUGGCAAACUUGGAACAGGCUCCUGCACAGCCAAAUGCUACCCUCAGAAAGUUGAGCAGCUGUGCAACAAGAGAAUCAAGAAGGUCUGUUGUGGAACUCAGUUCUCUGUGGUCUUGGCGAGCGAUGGACGUGUUUACACUUUUGGACAAGAACGUCUGAUUGGCCUGCCAGACUCCAUGCUGAAGAACAAAUGCCGUCCCCAGGUCGUGCCAGCCCUGGAGGGGUUGUUCAUUGAGGACAUUGCUGUGGGCUGUGAACAUGCCCUGGCCCUGUCCUCUACAGGAGACGUCUAUGCCUGGGGCUGCAACAGUGAGGGACAGCUUGGCUUGGGCCACUCCAACCUGGUGAAAGAGCCGACACUGAUAACGGCCCUCCAGGGGAAGACCAUCAGGCAGAUCUCUGCUGGUCGCUGCCACAGCUCAGCGUGGACCGCACCCUCUACCUCAACUAAAGCCUCAGGUGGCACAGGGAAUUUCCAACUAGGCCUGCCUCAGUCAAUCCCUCCUCAGUACAACACCCUGAAAGACUGCACCCCUGACAUCCUCAGCAUGCGCCUCAGGGUACUCUACCACUUCUCUGAUCUCAUGUAUAAGUCCUGGAGACUGCUCAACCUGGACCCCAAGAAUCAGGUGUGCACAUCACGCUAUAAUUCAGGGACAACAGCCAUCAUCCGGGGUCCGCUCAGAGGUCUACUAUCACCUAAAGUCAACACUCUGCCUCUAGUGCGCUGUAUUGGCAGAACGAUGACUCAGGGCAAAACAUAUGGACCACAGAUCACGGUAAAGCGGAUUUCCUCCAGGGGGCGCUGCAGCAAGCCCAUCUUUGUGCAGAUCGCCAAGCAGGUGGUGAGUCUGAAUCCCCUCGAGCUAAGGCUGCCUUCACGAGCCUGGAAGGUCAAACUUGUCGGAGAAGGGGCUGACGAUGCUGGGGGAGUAUUUGAUGACACCAUCACUGAAAUGUGCCAGGAGUUGCAGUCUGGUGUGGUGGAUCUUCUCAUUCACACCCCCAACAGCUUCACUGAUGUUGGCAGUAACACAGACAGAUUCCUCCUGAACCCAGCUGCGGUGUCAGAGGAUCACAUGGUCCAGUUCCGCUUCCUGGGCAUUCUUAUGGCUGUGGCCAUUCGCACCAAAAAGCCUCUGGACCUACAUCUGGCACCCUGGGUGUGGAAGCAGCUUUGCUCCAUCCCACUGGGAGCACCUGACCUCGAGGAGGUAGACUUGCUCACCUACCGGUCCCUUCACGGCAUCCUUCAUCUAGACAACAGCGGGAUCACGGAGGACAAUUUCCCUGUGAUGAUCCCACUGGACUCAUUCAUGGCCCACAGUGCUGAUGGAAAGCUGGUACCUGUGGUUCCCGGAGGUCAAAACAUCUCCCUGACCUUUGCCAACAGGAGUGAAUACGUGGAGAGGGCUCUCGAGCACAGACUGCAUGAGAUGGACUCACAGGUGGCAGCGGUCAGAGAGGGCAUGUCCACCAUCAUCCCUGUGCCCCUCCUGUCCCUGUUGACAGCCCGGCAGCUGGAGCAGCUGGUCUGUGGCCUGCCGGAGGUUUCUGUUGAGAUGCUGAAGAAGGUGGUGCGCUACCGUGACAUCACUGACAGCCACCAGCUUAUUGUCUGGUUGUGGCAGAGCUUGGAGGAGUUCACCAAUGAGGAGCGGGUGCUUUUCCUACGUUUUGUCUCUGGCAGGUCCAGGUUGCCCUCCAACCCAGCUGAUAUCACACAGAAGUUCCAAAUCAUUAAGGUUGACAGGCCUGUUAAUGGUCUCCCUACUGCUCAGACCUGCUUCUUCCUGCUGCGCCUGCCCCCCUACACGAGUCAGGCCAUCCUAGCCGAGCGUCUGCGCUACUCCAUUCACAACUGCCCGUCCAUUGAUAUGGACAAUUACAUGCUGUCCCACAACACUGAUCCAGCAGAUAGCUCAGACACUGAAUCCUGAAGCAGCCAGCCAUGGUAUAAAGGAUGAUGAAUGUAUCUCCUCUGAUGCCAUGCACAUUAUGCACUGAACAGAUUUUUAUUUGCCAAACUUGUACGGUAUUGUACUGUUUCUGUGUUGCUUGAUCAAUAGAUUUGUGCUAUGUUUUGUUUUAUUCAACUGUGAAAAGUGUUGUACUUAGUGCAAUGUUUGCUCCAUAACAAAACUACAGGGAUAUAGAAUCUAAUUUAUAAUCAUACCGGCCUAAAAGCCACAAUAAAGCAGUUUAUGUGCCUGUUGGUUUGAAAAUAUAUUUAAAUUGGAUAUUGGUUUAUUGAGCUGUCCCAGAAAGGCAGUAUUAUUGUAAAAUAAAGCUUGGUUAAAUAAGGA